AUGGCUGCCCGAGAGAAGGUCUGGGCAGGGGAUCCUGUUGCUAUGAAGACUGCCCGAGUUAUUCAGUACUGUGCAGUUCGUCCAGAAAUACAGGAACUCAAGUCUUGCAGAAUCAUCGAUCUCUUAUUCAACGGCGGAUCUCCAGGGUGUUUAGGUGAGUCGCGCUUUCUCUCUACUUCGAAUUUAGAAAUUGCACAAAAUGUAUCUGGAACCUUGGAGAAAGCCAUUUUGAAAUCUCAAUGGACUUCACUUGAGCGUAUAUCUCGAGUGAUGACUAUGGACCUGAUCGCUGAUACAAUGGUUAAGCUUCGUUCUAGACCUCAUAAAAUUCUAGGGUUUGUCAAGCACUUAGAAUCGGAUUUAGUGUUUCAUCUCGAUCUCAGAUGCUUAUGCAUCGCAAUUCACAUCAUUGCUGGUCUUGAAAAUCCCCAACCAGCUUUGCAACUCCUUCAAAGAAUCGUUAAUGGUGGCUUUGGCCCUAAUACUUUGAUUUUUGAUGCUUUAAUGAAAGCCAAAGAAGUUUGUGAAACCAAGAAUACACUGGUUUUCAAUUUGUUAAUUAAGGCCUGUUGUCAUUUGCAAAAGAGUGAUGAAGCUGUGCAAAUUUUCUAUUUGAUGAAAGGGCAUAAAUUAAGUCCUAGCAUUGAGUCCUGUAAUUUCCUUUUAAGCACUCUUUCGAAGCAAAACAAGACCGAGACUGCUUGGGUUAUCUAUGCUGAGAUUUUUAGGCUAAAAAUCCCUUCAAGUAUUGUUACCUUCAAUAUAAUGAUCAAUAUUUUGUGUAAAGAAGGGAAAUUAAAUAAGGCAAAAGAGUUCCUCAGUUACAUGGAGGGGCUUGGAUUUAAGCCCACUGUUGUGACAUAUAACACAGUUUUAAAUGGAUACUGUAAUAAAGGCAAGGUUCAAAUUGCCCUAGAAAUCUUUGACACUAUGAAGAAUAGGGGGGUGUCUCCUGAUUCUUUCACAUAUGCAUCUUUGAUAAGUGGGCUUUGUAAAGAAGGAAGACUUGAGGAAUCAGCUCAAUUUUUGGCAAAAAUGGAGGAGAGCGGCCUGGUUCCCACUGUCGUGGCUUAUAACGCAAUGAUAGAUGGGUUUUGUAACAAUGGGCGAUUGGAAAUGGCCUUUAAAUAUAGAAAUGAGAUGAUUAAGAGAGGAAUAGAACCCACUAUUUGCACUUAUAAUCCUCUUAUUCAUGGGCUUUUUAUGGCUGGGAAAAAUAAGGAAGUGGAUGAUAUGAUCAAGGAAAUGGUAUCAAGAAAUGUGGGUCCUGAUGUUUUUACAUAUAAUAUAUUGAUUAAUGGGUAUUGUAAAGAGGGCAAUGCUUCUAAGGCAUUUGAACUCCAUGCUGAGAUGCUUCACAAAGGGAUUGAGCCCACUAAGGUUACUUAUACCUCGCUUAUAUAUGGUCUAUGUAAGCAAAAUAAGAUGGAAGAGGCUGAUCGCUUAUUUAAAGAGGUUAUGACUAAGGGCAUUAGCCCAGAUGUGGUAUUGUAUAAUGCCUUAAUUGAUGGACAUUGUGCAAUUGGGAAUGUAGACGAUGCUUUUAUGCUCCUUAAAGAGAUGGAUGAUAAGAAGCUUUUUCCAGAUGAAAUUACAUAUAAUACAUUGAUGCGCGGAUUGUGUAUAGUUGGGAAAGCCGAUGAGGCUCGGGGGCUCAUUGACAAGAUGAAGGAAAGAGGAAUCAAGCCUGAUUAUAUUAGUUAUAAUACUCUUAUCAGUGGGUAUAGCCGGAAGGGUGAAAUGAAUAAUGCUUUUAAGAUCCGCGAUGAGAUGUUAAGUACAGGUUUCAAUCCCACUAUUCUCACUUACAAUGCCCUUAUUAAAGGGCUUUGCAAGGCGAGAGAAGGGGGUCAAGCUGAGGAGCUCCUCAAAGAGAUGGUGAGCAGGGGCCUAAUGCCUGAUGAUGGCACGUAUAUCUCGAUGAUCGAGGGGCUUUCUGAGAAGGUGGAAAAGAGCAAGCUUUGAAAUAGCAAGGGCGUGUGUUAUGAUUGAAGUGAUUCUUUUUGUCUUAAAAAUACACCAAGGGAAUCACUUGGCUGGUCUUAUCUCUUGAGUGGAAGUGAAGUUAACAUUUCCAUGUUGAUGAGGGCACAAUUUUUGCCAAAAUGCAAGGACCUGCUCACCAAUGGGUGAUCAAAUGAUAGGUGCUAUUUUACAGUGGCAUUUGUACUUCCAAAUUUGGAUGGAUUGCUUUUUAGAACUUGCAUGAUUAGGGCUAUUCUAUAGUGAGAUUCUGUUGAUGCAAAUAUGGGGGUGGCUUCAUGUAACUUUCUCUUCCUUCCUUGUUGAGAUUCCAUGAAGGCUGCCAUUCUAUGUCGUGCACCUACAAAGUCAAGGGUUGCAGAUAUGAUUUGAUCACGGCUGACACAAUCUUGAUGAUUAAAGUUGGAAAAGCAUAAGAUGCAGGGGAUUGGUGCUUGCAAGGUUUCAUCGAUUAAAACUAUGUCAUCUGCGAACAAUAACUUCAGGAAUGCCGAUGCUUUGCAACCUCCCUCGAGUUCAAUUCACACUCAUCUAUCGAGAGGCCAAUGCAGAGGCUGAGCAUCUGGCUAAGGGAGCUACCCAGGGUGCAGGUAUGCAGCCCUCCACUUAAAACCCAUUUUCUCUCCCCCCUCUUUCUCCCCCCCUAAUCUUCUCUCUGUCUCCCCUCUUUCACCUCCUCCUUUACCCCGUUUUCAGGGGAAAAAAAAAAAAGGACAAAAAAAGCAAAAAAAAAAAAGAUAUAAAGGAAUUAGAAAUUUUAAAAUUUUGGAUUUCUCCCUUUUCUCUCCUUCUAUUGCUUCCCUCUUUCCGGUCUUUCGAAGUCUCUCCCUCUCUGCUGUCAAUUUUAAGUUUUUCUCCCCCUCUUAAUCUCGUCCCCCUCCUUCUGGGUCUUCUUUCUUCACCUCUCUGCUUCUAUACCAACCCUGCUCUCGUCUUAUUCCUCCCACGCAGGUACCCCUAACUUCCUUCUCAACCUAGCUCUCACCCUCCCUUAUUUUUCUCUCUUCUACUCCAUCCUUAGUUGCAAUUUAUUAUGUUCUCCCUCUCAUCGCUAUGCACCUCCAUGACCAUAUCUAUUAUGGUGGUGAGGAAUUCGAUAUUGAUAUAUUGUCCACACUUGCCAACUAAAUAAAACAUUUUCUCCCUGGAAAUAGCCGUUUUCCCAUAGUUGUCUAUUGGGAAAAGGCAAAUGCUGUAGCAAAUUGGGAAAGGAUUUUUCCCAACUUUGCGUGGAAAAUGGCACUCCACCUCAGGAAUUGGAUUGCUAUUUUCUCACAUAUGUUCUCCACAUGUGGGGCUUUGGUUUCUAUUCAUGAACUCGGGGCUGGGCGAGGGGGAGCAUAGGCAACCCCCCACCCCUUCCCAUUUUUUCUUUCCCACAUGUCCGAACCUUCUCUCUCUCAAAAGAAGCUCUCGAUAAAUCCUAGAUCUCUCAGCAGAAGCUCUCUUUCAAUCCAUUCUCUUUUUCCAAAACCCUAAUAUUUCUUUUGAAAAUCGUUUUAUUUCCAAAAUCCUAAUAAGCACUCAUGAAGGUGUUGCUUGCACACCAACGGAGCACCUUAGGCACCAGAAAUUGACCAUAAAGAGUCAAAGAUAUGUGCGAUUGACCUCUGCUGCUUUGGUCUUUUAUUUGACUCAUGUUUAAGGGUCUCAUUGCGAAGCUUGAGCAGCUAAGCCAGAUGGUGGAGAAGCUCAAGAAUCAGGGUUGAUUUUGGAGAAUAAGUUCGUGAUCGUCUCCUCUCUGGUUUAAUGUUGCUUUUUCAAGGUUUUUUGUAUUUUUGGGGUUUGUUUUAUCUUUCCUUAAUUGGAGUGAGAAUCCUCUCUCUCCCCCUCUCCUGUCUUGAAUUUACAUGUGGUGAUUAGCUUUGAAUUUUAUCCUCUCUUUCUCUAAUUUCUUGAAGACUUAAUGUUAAUGGUUAAAAACGGGAAAUGAUUGAUGGGUAUGUGGCUUUUAGUUUUUGCAUCUGGUUUUAUUUCUUGCUUUUAUCUGUUAGAAUUUUUGGUUUGAUUCUCCCAAAUUUAAUCCUGGAUUAUCAAUUAUGGACGGUUUGCUUAUUAACUUUAGGGUUUGAUUCUCUGAUAUUUUGCUGGGUUUUCAUUGUAUCUUCAAACUAUCGGGCUUCUCUUGGGCUCAUCUUGAAAAGGAUCAGUGUACUGUGGUAAUGUCUGUUGAUGAUCCAAUCAAGUGAAAAACUGUUUUAUUUUUUGUAGAGUCUCUUAUCAAUAUGCUGCUUGCUCUUACUGAAUUUUGUCAACCUGUUAUCUUGUCCCUCUGGCAUUGGAGGCCUUUUUUGCGACCAAUGAGACAAUUCAACCUUCUCAGAAGCCUUUGCCCUCCUUGCUGGUCUGAGGCAAUUCAACCCCAUCUGGGGUAACGACCUGGUUGUUGAAGGGAUUCCAAACACACCAUAUCCCGGGAUUCCAACUCCUUCCCCUGCCAUUCGUAUUGGGCCCAUAUUUUCAAUGAAAUCCACCACAUAUCUGAUUCUAUCACCAUCUCCUGGAGGCACGUUUGGAGGGAAGCAAAUGCUGAAGCGGAUCUCUUGGCCAAGGAAGGGGCCUCCAUCAAUCCUCAGUGGGGAUGCUCCAGCUACUUUUUCACCUACUGACCCCUUUCUGUCUUCACCCCUUUUUGUGAUUAAUUGUGAAGAUCCUUUGGGUUACUUGGGCCUCUACUGGGCUUUGUAUGGGCCCCCCACUGUAUGGGAGGCCUAUUUGUUGGUUUUCAGAUGCUUCUUGUAACUCUUGCGCCCUUACUCAAUACAAACAGUGAACAGAUUAAAAAAAAAAACCCUGUUAUCUUACCUAAUUUUGUGAGCCUAGGAAACUUUUGAAAAUGGACUGCCUUUCUCGGUGCUUACAUAAACUCUCUAUGUUGAACGCAUUUGUGGUAUUUUGGAUUCCUGGAUACCAUGGUGACACCAUUUGUCAACCGAGUAUCACUUCGUGCAGAUUUCGUCAGUUUGACUGCACUAUGUUGGGAGUGGAUUUUUUGUUGUAGGUUUCAUCAAUGGACUGCAUUGUUUAGUGUAUUGCAUGCUAAAAUGCGAAGCAGAAGCUCGUCUUUCUACUUUUCAUGUUGCAGCAAUUAGGUGGCAUGUUUUUCUCUGAGAUCGUUGUGCUGGCUUCUUUCGAUGCAAGGUGGAUUUGGGAAAGAUUGUGGUUAAGUGGAUAGAGGAACCCAACAAUGCUGGAAGGUGAUCUUUUUAUCUCGGCGAUAAAGAGGGUGUGCGGCGAAGAUAAUCAGCAUGUGCUCUCAAAUGCUUGAGGCCUUAAAAAUUUUGUGAUAAUUAUGUUCACUUCAAUACCACUGGCUAACAUUGGAAAUUGGAAAUUUGCUUGAAAUAAAAAGCUGUAACAUGAUUUGUAUUGUACACCAAAAUUCAUGUGGGUGGAGUCCAUGGGAGACUUCAUGAUUUUUCAAAUGAAAAUCAUAUAUACGGACGUGCGCCAUUUGAGGGGAAUACAUACUUUGACGGAUUA